AUGUAUUUCAAUGAUUUAAUGGAACAAUUAAUGAUGUUUUACUUUGAAAAUAAAUUUGUCGAUGACGUAAAGACUGGUUGGCCGAAACUUCAUCAUCAAUUCGAAGCGUUACAGGAAAUGCUUCAUUUCUCAGGCUCUACUCAUCGGUUUGAAUUGAUCAUUUUAUUGUGUGAAAGUGCAAACGUUUCUGUAUCAAUCAAUGCGUUUUUCUGA